CCGCCAACAGGUGUCAAGAGUAUUUGUAGUAAACGUAAACUAAGUGAAAACGUGCAUUUUGUUAGCGAUCGAGGGUUUUUCGCGUUGCACUUUGCAAAACAAGAGUCCGACAAAGUGACCCUCGAUACGCAGAAACCGAUCGAAUAUUUUUCUAUCACUUUUUUGUCGAAUCUGAUCGCGAGUGGCUGCGACACGAGCAAGCGAAGCGUGUAUAACACAAAGGAAAGCGUGUGUGGAGCUGUCAAAGGGUUCUUAUGUUGAUUCGUUCACUCUCAUAAGCGUUGAUGAAUGUCUGAGAGUGACGCAUACGAUUCUGCGGACGAAUACACGAGCCUGAUGGACGGUCACGUUGCGGAAUCCCGCACGGAUGAUCUGGGCUUGGUCACUGGUCGGAAGAGACGUUCGCGUAUCAAUAACGAAGAGGUAGAGAAUGGUGUUCCCGAUGUGCAUGUUCAGACACCAGGCGCAUCAAACAAUGCCAGCUCUGGUAGAAGGGGGCCACCCGGUACCAGUGGUCAAAACAGAUCGAGAAACUAUAGGGAUGAAGAGGAGGAAGAAUUAAAAUAUGGAGCUGCACAUGUCAUUAAAUUAUUUGUGCCUGUAUCUCUUUGUAUGUUAGUUGUAGUUGCCACGAUUAGUUCUAUCAAUUUUUACACCACCAAAGGAUUGUACUUAGUGUAUACUCCAUUUCAUGAAGACAGUCCUGACACAAGUACCAAAGCUUGGCAGGCAAUUGCCAACUCCUUGAUACUAAUAAGUGUCAUUGUUGUUAUGACUAUGAUACUUAUUGUAUUAUACAAAUACAAAUUUUACAAAGUAAUCCAUGGGUGGUUGAUAAUAAGUUCCUUGAUGCUGCUAUCUAUGUUUUCUGUUCUUUAUUGGGAGCAAGUAUUAAAAGCUUACAACAUUCCAAUGGAUCUGUUCACGUUAGGUAUAAUUUUAUGGAACUUUGGAGUAGUUGGAAUGAUAUGUAUACACUGGCAAGGCCCAUUGCAGUUGCAACAAGCAUACCUUAUUUUCAUUUCUGCUCUGAUGGCUCUUGUCUUCAUCAAGUAUUUGCCGGAAUGGACGUCAUGGGUCGUAUUGGGCGUUAUCAGUAUUUGGGAUUUAAUCGCUGUACUAACACCAAAGGGACCUCUAAGGAUACUCGUGGAAACUGCUCAAGAACGGAAUGAAUCCAUUUUUCCUGCCCUGAUCUAUUCAUCCACUGUCAUGUAUACAGCCACAAUGACUUAUGCAGGCUACGUGCAGGCAGCAACGAUGACUGGCAGCGAUUCCGCUACUGGCGAUAAUGCGGCAUGCUCGAUGCCCGAUCAAGCAGACAAUCAAAAUAAUCCUGCAUCCGGAGAUCCAGAGGAAGGCGGGUUUACUCCCGAGUGGGUAGAAUCCCACGGUGAUAGGGUAGCGAGAAGAGCUCAAGAGGUACGCGAAAACGCUUCAUCGCUGACUGAAAGCUCGAGGCAACCAGAUAGUCGAGUUGUUCAAGAAUCCCGAAGACAAGUGGCUUUCGUCGAAGAAGAACGGGGAGUUAAAUUAGGUCUUGGGGACUUUAUAUUUUACAGCGUUUUGGUUGGAAAAGCUUCCAGCUAUGGCGAUUGGAAUACAACGUUGGCUUGUUUCGUUGCCAUUCUCAUUGGACUUUGUUUGACGCUCUUGCUGUUGGCUAUAUUUAAGAAAGCGUUGCCAGCGUUACCGAUAUCCAUUACUUUUGGUUUAACAUUUUAUUUCGCCACCAGGGUAAUCGUUGCGCCGUUUGCGGAUAGCUUAGCCAGCGAGCAAGUGUUCAUUUAAUUAUAGGGACGAUAGGGCGAGCAUUACCGUUAGAUAAACUGUCGAGUAUCCUCUACCAGAAGAUAUCCUAGGAGCAACUGAUUCCGACAAACCCUCGUCGUCGUUGGUAUUAGGCCUGUUGUUCCUUUGAAUCGGAGAUCGCGU